GUGAAGAGAGGUACGGAUGCUUAGUUCGAGAUAGAUCAACAUAAUAUAUAGUUGAAAAUAACAGAGUGAUUAAAUUCUUUGAAACAAAAAUGUCAACCAAAGGCUUUUAGUAAUGGUAAAGGUAACAUGUCACUCGCUCUAAUUAAAUGCUGAACUUAAUCUUUUCUUAGCUCUCAAGCCUCCACAUAGAACGUGGUGGUAGUUGUUGUUGUGGAAAGAACAUGCAAGGACAAAUCAACGGCUCUACUCUGUGUCAAGUGGUACCACAAUAUAAACAAAACAUGUACACUUUCCUUCAAAAAUUUCACGGUUAUAUACUUAUAUAUAGUCAAGACUGCAUAUAAAAAAUGAUGUUACAGAUUUAGUUAAAACCUAUUUUGUGUUGUGAUUCAGAAGUCAAAACAAUGACAACUUUUGAGAUGCUUUUGUUUAUUUUACUAUUGAAUAAGGUGUAACGACCCGGUUUUCUCAACCGGUUGGUUUGGUUUCUUUUUAAUUAAUUUGAUUGGACCAAACCAUGCCUCAAACUAAAUUAUUUCUAUUUCUAAUUUAUCGUGUUAUUCCUUAUACCUAGCUAUAUAUAUUUCACUCACCCUUCCUCCUUCUCGGGAGCCGCAUCCACCAUUUUUAUUUCUUCUCUACUUCACGAUCAUCUCCUCCCUUCUCUAUUUUGUCUUCUCCUUGAUUAGCUUCUUGUUCCAUGUGCAAUCUCCAUGCUUUGGGGUAGAGGAGCUGUCAUCUUCGUCACACGCCCUUAGCACCAACCACCACAGAUCAAUGGCCGUGUAUCAUACUGGAGAAGCAGCCCCUGCCAUUACAGACUUGUUACGUGCCGUCACGUUCAUUGCGUUAAUCUUACCUAUCGGAUCCGUGAGAUGAAGAGCUUGAGCGGAGAGGGAGAGAAGGCGUUCAAGCUGGAGUCACCGCACCUCGACCGCCGUUGAUCCGCACCAUCAUCAUCAACCGUGAGCUGUGAUCCACCGGAGAUGCAGCACCCUUCGCCGAGUUCGAGAUCCAUAACCGCGAGUCAAAACCGUGAGGUUCAAGUGCUCGUUUCUUUAUUACUUGUGUAGCAAGUAACCAUCCUUAUAAAUCCAUUAUUUAUUCUUAUUUUAAUAUUUUUCUAUGUUCCUUUUUGAUAUGGUUUGUCUUCAACGAGUAUUCGAAAUCCAUGGCAAAAUUCUAGCUUUCUGGAUGAUCAAGUCAUUUCAUGUAUUCUCGGAUCCGUUUCUGGUUUUUCUUUAUGGCUAAGGUGAGGGUCUAUUCCGUAAAUCACGUACCAGUGUAGAAUUCUCUCUAUCGUAGUUUAGAUUUCGAAUCAUGAUCCGUCUGUUUGAAUUGAGUCUUGAUUGUUAGUUAGUUCAUUCAUUGUAAAUUGGAACUAGGGGUCUAGAGGAUUCAACUUUUGAUUGGAUUGUGUGAUGUUAAGAGAUGCGAUAUAUAUAUGUAUGUAUACAUAGUUAUUAGUAGGGACUAUGUGCGCGGACGGGGGCUCAGAGAUGUCUGGGCUAGCGACGCUACUUUGAUUGUGCGGGCAGGGGUUCAGAGACGUCUGGACUUGCGAUGCUACUUGUGCGGGCGUGUGGUGCAGAGACGUUUGUAUCAUGGACGCUACUUGAGAGGGCGGGGGUACAGAGACAUACUGUACUAGCGACGCUAAGUAUUAUAUAUCCAUAUGAGGAGAUGCGGGGUGUAUGGACUAGCUUUAUGCUAUCAUCGCAUUGUUUGGUUUGUGUGACGCGCUAGGCGUCGUGUGUGUUCAUGUUAGAGCUAAACUUCCAUAGUGGGAGUUCUAUUUACUCAAGUCAGUGGUUUGCGUGUUUAGCAUCCCCAUACCUCACGGAGUAACUCCCCUGUUGCUCACCCCUCUUCUUCCCCCUUGCAGGUGAGCUUGCCGAGUUGUUGGAUAUCUGGACGGUUUGGUGUCUUGGGAUAAUUGUAUUUAUUUCGGUUUUAACUAAUGAUUUAUGCGAAUUUUACAUUCGAUUUAUUUGAUAUAUUUUUAUACUUAAAUUUAAAAAAUGUAUUUCUUUUAAAAUUAUUCUAUUAAAUAUUAUGUUAUUUUGUUCGAUUUGGAAUAAUUCGGUUUAAUUCGAUAUUUCACCGGUAGUAACACGCCAUUCUCCAUAUAGGAGGGGACGGGUGUUACAUAAGGUUUCAGUAGACACAAGAUAGUCAAGCACAGUUGAAAAUACAUAAUCGCAUUUGUUUAGUAAUCUGUCAAAUAUAAAUUAAUCAAAAGUGAUUAUAAAGCUGGUUUCUUAGUAAAAGCCAAUAAAUGAUAGUGCUGCAGGUUAUAAGAAUUUAUUUCCUAGCCUAACUAUCGUAAGUGUUAACGAGUUACGGCCACACUGCGUGCAUUAAAGAUUAGCUAGGACCACACUGGUCCAUGCCAUGCAUGAUGCUUGUGGAAUUUUCAGUCCUAUAAUACUUGAAUGCCGUGAGAAACUUUGAUCACUCCCAUUAUCAAAUUAUUAGGAAUUUUGUAACUGAGUUUUUGUUGUACUAAUAAGAAAAGAAAAUGUCAACAUCGAGAAAUAUACUGGUGCCAAUUUGCCAAAUCAGCUGUGUGAAGUAAAGAGAGACUUCAUAGUGGGCUUUUAGUGGGCCGUUAAUGUCCUGAAAAGUUCUCCAAUUCGUUAAAAAACGUCAUUUAAAUUAAAAGCGAUAUUAAUUACCGUUUUUGGCAUUUUGCGAACGAAGUUUGUAACUUAAAAUAUUUUGGUCAGUACUUUCAUUGUGUCAUAAAUAUAAGAUUCUCAUAAAUAUAAUAAGAUUUCUUAUGCAUGCUUUUGGAUUUUUAAAAAAAAAAAUUUAAAGAAAACUUUUUGCAUGCUUUUGAGUUGAUAUGGUGGAAAGAAAAAUCUUUGGAGUGAUAGCUAGUUGUUGGAAAAUAAUCCUUUUCGCAUGCUUUUUCUUAUUAAUUCAUUAAUAACUCAGUUGAUUUAAAAUGGUCAACAUAAAAGUUUAAAGGAUUUUAUAAAAAAGUUUAAAGGAUUUUCACAAAUCACAAUGGUAUAUUAAUUAAUUUGGACCAUAUUGUGGUAACGGUUUCCUAAUUCCUAUUAUUUUUUAUUUGUUUAAGAAUAGAUAUUAAGUUAGUUGAUACGCGUAUUUGGUUAAUUUGGAUAAUUUUAAAUGUGUGUUUUUGGCGACAGUAUUUUGCAUUUCAACAUAUUAUUUUCUAUUUUCUUAGCAUUUUCAGAUUCAAUAUAAGAACUAGCUAACCAGAGGGGAAAUGUUGAAUAUAAAAUCAAGUUUUUCGGUAAGGAAUCUGAAUUCAGUUAGUUGAUACGUGUAUUAUACUCCUUUUGUUUUAAAAUAUUACAUACUUUAGUUUUUUCACAUAUUUUAAUAAAAAUAUUAAAUUUAUAUUUUUUUGAUUUUUUCCAUAAUUUAAAACCAAUAAAAAUCAAAUAAGUGCAAUUAAAUUUUUUGAAGUUUGUAGUUAGUUAGUUAUGAGAAAAUGACACAAAGAACACUAAAUGAAGUUUUCCUCCCCAAACUAGCACUCAGGAUCAGAAUUCACAAAAAUAGGUUUCAUUAAAGGGGCAAUUUACCCUUAUGCCCCCUUCUUUAACUAAUUUAAAAAACAAAUUUGAAAUCAAUUUGUCGCCGUCCUCGUUUCAUCGCUUCUUCUUCUCGUCUCUCCGUCGUCGUCGUCGUCGUCUCUCCGUCGUCGUCUCCCCGUCCUUGUCGUCGUCGUCUCUCCGUCGUCGUCGUCGUCGUCGUCUCUCCGUCGUCGUCUUCGCCUCUCCGUUGAUCCGUCGUCGUCGUCUCUCCGUUUAUUUAUCGUCGUCGUCGUUUCUCAAUUGAUCUGUCGUUUCUACGUCUAUUCAUCUCAUUCUCUCUCUCGUGUGUCUGAUUUGAUUAAGGUUUGAAUCAUUUCAUUUUGUUAUACAUUAUCUAGGUUUUGUUAUAUAUUAUUCAUUUGUUGAUGAUUUGAAGUUGAUUUUGUAGAACAAUGGAAGUUUUGUGCAUCUGUGGACAAUGGAUCUCAAAAGAAUCUCUCCAGUGGGAGUUUCUUGUUGAUUUGAAGAGGAAUGCAUCAAUCAUUUCCAUAGAAGAAGAUCUACUGUAUGAAGAUUUGAUGAAGAUUGUCUCUGAAGAUUUUAGUGUUAAAGAGGAAGAAAUCAGUUUGAGUUAUGGUUUUUCAUUGGAUAUGAAAUGUAUUAUUGAAAGUUUCCCCCCACUCUCGAUAGGUAAUACUCGUCAGCUCAGAACUUUCAUUUCCAAGACUAGAGCAUUUGAUGGAACCUGUCGUUUGUGUGUUAAGGUUAGUACUGAUCCAGUUAGCUGUAACACUCAAGCUUCUGAUACAUUUGCUUCUACUGUUCCAUUGAAUGCCAAUCCAGCGAUUCUUUCUACUGUGCAGAGUGAAAAACAGAGUCUUCUAUAUGAAGGUGUUUCUACAGUUCCUCUGAAUGCUCUUCCGGAUUUUAGUACUGAUUCAGCUAGCUGUAACAUUCAAGCUUCUGAUACAUUUGCUUCUACUGUUCCAUUGAAUGCCAAUCCAGUGAUUCUUCCUACUGUGCAGAGUGAAAAACAGAGUUUUCUAUAUGAAGGUGUUUCUACAGUUCCUCUGAAUGCUCUUCCGGAUUUUAGCCCUGUCCAUAUUGGACUUUCACCAAACACGAGAGUAGCUGGCGAUAUUAAGGUGAAUAGCUAUUUUAAGACAAAGAGAGAGUUGAUGUUGAGGAUGAAGAAAUGGGCUUUAGAGUGGAAGUUUGAGUACAAGACUGUCUCUUCUAACAAGUCAAGAGUGCUUUUGAGUUGUGUUGAUGAAAAUUGCACGUGGAGGAUGCGUGCUAUCAAGCUACCUGUUUCAGAUUUUUUCGUUGUUAAAAAGUAUGUUCAUGAGCAUACAUGCGAUACAACACACAGAAAAGCCAACCACAGACAAGCAUCUGCAAAGUUGUUGGGUUCUUUGAUUUCCAGCAAUUAUGGAGAAAAAAAGGAAGGUCUCAAACCGAAACAGAUCAUUGAACAGGUCAGGAUGCUGCAUGGUGUUCACAUCAAUUACAAACAAGCUUGGAGAGUGAGAGAAGAAGCUCAGAUUUUGGUUAGAGGGACUCCUGAAGACAGCUAUUACAAUUUGUCUAGGUGGUUGUAUAAAAUCACAGAAACAAACCCUGGUUCCUUGACUUAUCAACAUGUUGAUGCUGCAGGAAAGUUCAAGUAUGCAUUUGUGGCUUUUGGUCCAUCGAUAAGGGGAUUUUCAUUGAUGAGGAGAGUUAUUGCAGUAGAUGGUACAUUUCUGAAGGGAAAAUUCAAUGGGACUUUAUUGGCAGCUUGUGCUCAAGAUGGGAAUUAUCAUCUAUAUCCUCUCGCCUUUGCAGUGGUUGACGCAGAAAACGGCGCCUCUUGGAAAUGGUUCUUUAGAGGUUUGAGCCAGAAGAUCCCGGACGCUUCAGAUCUUGUUUUUGUAUCAGACAGGGCUAAUUCCAUUUCUUCAGCGUUGGAGGAUGUAUAUCCCUUAUCUCACCAUGGAAUUUGCAGGAUCCAUCUGCUCCGCAACAUCACUCCUACAUAUGCGAAGACUGGGUUGCUACCUCUGGUGGAAAGCGCUGCUGAUGCCUAUACGUGUCACGAGUUCUGGUUAAUCUUCAAGGACAUAAAGGAUAAAUGUCCUGAAUUGGCUAAGUAUCUGGAAGAGUCUGAUUUUAGGAAGUGGGCACGAAGCUAUGCGCCUGCGAACAGGUAUAAUAUCAUGACUACCAACAUUGCAGAGUCUCUCAAUUCUAUGUUGAAGAUGCCUCGUGAGUUGCCCAUUAUCUCUCUCCUUGAAACUAUCAGAUUGACGAUGACCACUUGGUUUUUUGAGCGACGCGAAGCGGCUGCGAAACAUAAGCACCUGGUUACUCCAAAAGUUGUUCAGAAAUUGGUAUCUAGGUUAGGGGCCGCAAUGUUGUUGAAUGUGUAUCAAGUUGAUCGAAGCGAGUUUGAGGUGAAGAAUGAAACAAUGAAGUUUGUUGUUGACUUGGAGAAGCGGCAUUGCACAUGUAAUGUUUUCGACAUUGACAAGAUCCCCUGCAUCCAUGCCAUCGCUGCUGCUAAGCAUAUCAAGAGAGAUGAAAACCGUUUUGUUGAUGCUUCUCACUUGACAGAAACGUGGGCUAAAGCUUAUGCUGAAAGCAUACAUCCUGGUGGAGAGUUGUCAACGUCCACCUAUCCAGAGAAUAUUGAUGAACUGUCUUGCCCACCUCCAGCUACCAAAAAGAAAAGUGGACGCCCUCCUACAAAGAGAAAGAGAUCCGUUGGCGAGUUUGGGGUUCCUGGAUCUAAAUCUCAGUCCCACAAGUGCAGCAGAUGUGGCACAGGAGGGCACAACAAGAUCACAUGCCAGAGGCCUAUAGGAUGAAGUUCUACAUUUUUACAUUUUUAUCGAUUAUUAUUUGGAUGUUUGGCUAUUUGAUGGUUACAUGAUAUGCACAAGACCAUAUACAUUUUUUCUUUUGGAACCCUAUCCUGAAUAAGUAUGAUUUCUUACAACUUUUGUAAUAUACAACAUUAUCUUUUGAUCUCAUUUCAAUUUUUAGUUUAAACUUCUUUGCUAGAAAAAAACACAGUAAUAUUCAACUAUUCUGGAAUCCCAUCCAACUUUUGUAACAUCCAACUUUUGUAAUAUACAAUGUAUUAUACUAUAAAUUGUAUGGGUAAAUUCAAUUAUGUGGAAGCAACUAACAGAUGAUUCUCCUCAGCCUAGCGGCUAAACCACGAAACCUAUGAUACCGAAACAUUGUUCGACCGGGGUUCGACUCUCCUACGAGUAAUGGGUGAUUUUUUUUUUU